CAAAAAGUGAUUAUUGAAAAUAAAUAUAAAAGUAUAUAAAAAAAAUGUCUAGCACUCAGGGUCAGGUUAUCCGCUGCAAAGCCGCCGUGUCAUGGGAGGCCGGAAAGCCUCUGGUGAUCGAAGAAGUUGACGUGGCACCACCUCAAAAAAUGGAAGUUCGUCUCAAGAUUCUAUUCACAUCCCUUUGCCAUACCGAUGUUUAUUUCUGGGAAGCCAAGGGCCAAACACCUCUAUUCCCUCGCAUAUUCGGCCACGAAGCCGGAGGAAUCGUCGAGAGUGUAGGGGAAGGCGUGACGGACCUCAAACCGGGCGAUCACGUCCUCCCCGUGUUCACGGGCGAAUGCAAAGAGUGUCGCCCUUGCAAAUCGUCCGAGAGCAACAUGUGCGACCUUCUCCGAAUAAACACCGAUAGAGGUGUGAUGAUUGAGGACGGCAAAACGAGAUUCUCGAAAAACGGCCAACCCAUCCACCAUUUUCUCGGCACAUCGACUUUUAGCGAAUACACUGUUGUUCAUGUCGGGUGUGUCGCUAAAAUCAACCCGAAAGCCCCACUCGAUAUCGUUUGUGUUCUUAGUUGCGGAAUUUCCACCGGACUCGGGGCGACUUUGAAUGUGGCCAAGCCGACAAAGGGCUCGACGGUUGCAAUUUUCGGAUUAGGGGCCGUAGGUUUAGCUGCUGCCGAGGGGGCUCGCAUUGCUGGGGCUUCGCGAAUCAUUGGCAUCGACUUGAACACGAGUCGUUUUGAUGAAGCAAAGAAAUUUGGUGUGACUGAAUUUGUGAACCCAAAGGACCAUGACAAGCCUGUUCAAGAGGGUUGGGGUGUGGCCGUGUUGGUUGGGGUUCCGAACAAAGACGACGCAUUCAAGACUCAUCCGGUGAACUUGCUCAAUGAGAGGACUCUCAAAGGGACCUUUUUCGGCAAUUAUAAGCCGAGGAGCGACAUUCCUUCUGUGGUCGAAAAGUAUAUGAACAAGGAGCUCGAGCUGGAAAAAUUCAUCACACAUAAAGUGCCAUUUUCUGAGAUCAACAAAGCUUUCGAGUACAUGCUGCGAGGGGAGGGUCUUCGAUGUAUGAUCACCAUGGGAGAAUAAUUAAUUAGCUUAUGUUAGUAUUCAUUAGUCAUAUGUUUGCUUAGCUUUUUUAAUUUGCAACAACAAUAAAGGUGCAAAGUUUACCGCUUUGGUUUGUCAAAUAAAGGCAGUAAAUUCGAAUGUUUGAAACGUUUUACUUUGGCCAUAUUUAUAAUAUAUGAAGUUUUGUGAUAUAUUCCAG